ACGUGUACUACCCCAGACACUGCACUGUAUAAAUGUGUCUUCCUCAAGUUAUCUUGUGACCAGACUUGUUCUACAGUCACAUUUACUGCUUGAGAUUGUGACGAGAAAGUAAAAGAACUGACCAUGAGCCGAUCCGUUCUGCUGCUGCUGCUUGGAUGUUGGAUGUGUGCUUCAUUUUGUACAGCAUUCCGAAUGGAGAGAUCUGAGCGCUGUCUCUGUCAGAAGUCCUACAGAAUCCAUCCCAAGAACAUCUUUGAAUGGAAACUAUAUCCACCAAGUGCAUCGUGCAUGGCUUAUGAGAUUGUGGUGACGACCACAUCUGGUAGAAAAACUUGCCUCCUUUCAGCCUCGAAGGCAUGGAAGUUCAUAAUGAGUGGACAGCGCGGACCAAUAUAAAGC